AUGUUUAAAAAAGUCACCCAAUCCAUAGUAAAUCAAAUGGAUCCAAGAGGAGACCUGGUCCCAGUUCACAGCAUCUUAGACCACGAACAGUUCAGACCCCUCUAUCUAGUGAGAAGAAAAAGAAAAGCCAUAUUCCACCCAUCUCCCUGCUACAAGCGGACAGGGUACAGACUCGACGACGUGCUGCUGCCUGGAGAAGACAAUAAAAGCACAGAGUCCCUCUUUCCCAAGGGAGAUGGUCAAGAUUCAAGGCAAUUUACAGUCAAAAUGAGCGUCAGUGACAGAGUGGAUGGGAGUCUAAGCCUUUGUGUUGACUCUGCAAGUGUAGAGCUGAAAGGAGCUGCCUCCUUGUCCAAAGGGUGGUCCAUCAAGCUGGAGAAGAACCACAUACCAGUACCAAAACUUGAGGCACUGAAAACAGAAAGAAAAAUUAAUGUGAAUCACUCCUUCAUUCAACAACUACAGAAAACACAACAAAAUUUAUACGUGGUUCAUGAAACGAUAGAAACCUCAGAGGAGACCAGCUACGAGGAAUCCACCGAGGCAGAGGGGAGCUUCAUGACCCAGCUUUACGCCAAGUUUUGUGCAAAGGGCACCCGAGAGAGCAAACGAGGCAUAACUAUACCCAAGGGCUGCACCCUGGCGUUCAGGGCAAUCCAGCUGGCCAUUACAGAUGGAUCAUGGAGCUUGAACUAUUUCGCAGAAGAAAGUACAUCGAAGUUCGUAUCUGAUGGUUUCUCAAAAGGAAAAUUAGGAGCACUGGGGGUAGAAGUUAAAGAGAACUGUCACAUUUUCUCCAAGUUGUCUUCUGAUCUGUUCGUCAUCUUUUUAAAAGCCAUCAAAGCUGUGAUGAGAGACAGGAACCUCUUUCAAGAACUGACCCACAAAAUGGAAGCAGUUCUUGAUGAAACUGGUAGCUGUGAGCUGACAACAGAAAGCCCCGAUUUAAAGGACCUGUUGAGCAGCUUACAGUAUUCUUCAAGGCAUCUUCUCCUUAAGCUGGCAGAAGCAAUCACCUACACUCUUGACGCAUUAGAUGAGCUAACGGAGGAUCAGCUGCUGCUAUUGCUAGAGUCCUUGGAAGAGAAGAUUGUGUCCCAACAGCUUAAGCUGGUUGAGAGCAUCUUGGAACACGACAUAGAACACAGGAAGGGGUGUUUCAGCAUGGAUGCCAGCUUGCUCUCCUUCUCACAAGAGAAGGAACAAAAAUUAACCAUUGCAAUGGUUGAGAUGAGUGGAGUGAGGCUCCAGAAAGACGGAUCUGCUGUCUGUACAGAAGAAGCCUUCGCGGCCGUAGCAGCCCUGUACACAUCUCUGUACGUCCUCGAUCUUCUGAGUAACUCAGAUUAGGUUACACGUGUCCUCCCAUUGGGGAUGAUUUAAAGGGAAUCACUUGAUAAUGUAUUUGAAAGUCUUACUGCAAGCUAGUUUCUCUGUCCAAACUUUACCCCUACGUAGGUGAGGCGCUCCUUAUUAACGCUCAGUGCUGCUUUGAAAUGAGUGGGAAAAGCAGACUUAAGGCAAGAAAACUCCUUAAGCCAGAAGCCAAAAUUGAUUUUUCUUUCCCCCCAUAUGAAUGCAGACUGCCAUCUGAAAAAUCCACUAGCCCAAAUAAUCACAAGCUUCUCAGUUGCACUUUAUGCCAUCCUGGUUUUCCUAAAAAAUGCUAGCACGCAGCGCUCGUGCAAUCAGUAAGGCACAAAGGAAUACCUCAGCAAUAAUUCACUUACCCUGGUCACACUUGCGAUUCAUGUGUGACUCGGUAAGCUGCUAAGCAUUAGAAAGCUGUAGGAUCUCAGAGUGUUUUAAUGAUGCACACCGGGUAAAACAGCACCUCCAUCACGUGAUUAUACACCCCACCAUCAAGGAAUAAAUUACAACGCUUCAGAACAAUGUUACAAGUACUUUGAUGACUGCUUUAUAAAUAAA